GGGGCUCGCGGCGACCCGGGCAACUCUUAGGCUCAGCAGGAGCACGUGUCACGUGACGCGUGAGGGGCGGAGCUCUGCAGGACGCGAACAGGUAGAGACACGACGCGUUCACUUCAAACGACGCCAGACGGAGCUCGGUGCAGCAGGCACAACCAUGGGUCUGUCCAAGCGCGUGUCGUCGUGGUCCGUGGAGGAGGUGCUGCAGUGGCUGCAGGAGCAGUAUCCAGAGCACCUGAGGCGGCUGCAGAGGGCCGUCAUCACACACGCCAUCUCAGGCCGAGCGCUGCUGAGGCUGAGGGACCGCCACCUGGAGUUCCUCGGCCUGGAGGCUGAGGAGCAGCAGCGGCAGCUGUUGCAGGGCCUCCUCCUCCUCCGGGUUCAGGAGGAAAUCUGUGAACUCAGUGAGAUCUGCAGCGAGUGUUUUUCAUAACACGCACAAAGAAAACACAUUAUUCUCCGCCCGUCCGUCCGUGUGAAGGGGAGCGAACGGUGGAGUGACGGAAAACGCAGAGAAGGUGGAGAGAACGAGGAACCGAUGAAGAAUGAAGAGCGAGCGGAGCCCAUUUCCUGCGUGAAAUCUGACCUGUGCAGAUGGAGGAGAUUAGUUUUUCGGAUCCGUUCUGUCCAUUAGUCUCUGGCUGUUUUCUACCUGGACUCGCUGCGCUGUGGUAUCACACGCCUCACACAGUUCAUUAUUACACUAAGAAUAACACGGCAGAGGAUCAUCUUUUAUCUGUGUUGCACUGGAUUAACUGAGUCUGAAAUAUCAGAGCAGGUAAUGAAAUGAUGGCAGUCGCUAAUUAAAACCAGUCACUCCUAAUCAGAAACGUCUUCAGAUGACAAAUUUGAACACAGCAGCACAGGAUUUAAAUUGAACGGUCCCAAACGCUUCAGACGCUUUUCCCAUUUGUUUUCACGAAAGGUCCCAUUCAUUUCUGUGCAUUUUGACAUGGCAGCGGCAGAAUAAAAGUCUGAUGAGUCUGA